AAGAUGUCAGUGACACCCGGAUCGGCACCCCACAAUCUGACUACCUUUAUAUCUUCAUUGUCAUUGGAGAUUGCAGGUCUGGUAAAAAAAAAGUCAGCCGGACGCCCUUCCGUACAAAGAAUAUUACGCAUCAUGACUUUUCUUCUGUUAAGCAUUUCAUUGACACUACAACAAUAUAAAAUGUCAUUUUUUCUAUAUGGACCAAAAUUAUAAGACAGAAUCGUUACCUUCCAGAUUGUCCUACUUUUUUUUCAAAUCAAAUAGACUCAUG